CAAGUCGCGCUCGUCGGAGCUUGCCUGCACUGCUCACACAAAAGCACAACCCCGAGCCGCACUGCUCACUCGUUGAGCUCCUAAAACACCGCCCCCUGAUCACUCAUGCUCUCCCUGGCGACGGCCGCGACCGCUCUCCCGCUGCGGCUCUUCGAGGAGCCUCGGCCGCGCGUCGUCGGCGGCGUUGAGACCUCCUUCAACCGCUAUCCGUUUGUCGUUGCGCUUCUGAAGGACGGCGAGUUCUUCUGCGGCGGCAGCCUCGUGUCGCCCAACCUGGUCCUCACUGCGGCCCACUGCAUCACCGAGAGCAGCAAUCCCGCAGUCUACCAGGUCUCGUCCUCGCGUCACACCCUUUCGACGCCAAUGGGGCCCGACCAGCCCGAAUAUCUCGACCCAGAGGUGGACAAUCCGGAGUGCGGCGACACCGUGGCUGUGGCUCAGCUGGUGCCGCACCCAGAGUACGACCCAGACACCGUCCAGAACGAUCUCGCGCUGCUGGUCCUGAGCGACGCCGUCAAGUGCUCCGACCAGAUCGCCUUUGCGACGCUGGACCACGGCGAGAACAGCGGGCCCGGCAAUGAGCUGACCGUCGCCGGAUGGGGCGCACUCUACGACCCGUCGUACUACCCACUGUUCGGCACCACCAUCACCCCCGGCGUGCUGCACGAGGCCGAGGUCAGGACCUUUGGCUCGAGCGAGUGCAACGCCCUGCUCUGCGGCCCCAUCUUUGGCUUCCUUGGGCUCUGCCCGUACCUGGACGGGCCCGAGAUGUGCGCCGGCAACCUGCUCGGCGGAGUGGACGCGUGUGCGGGCGACUCGGGCGGGCCACUCUUCCGCGUCGGCGACGACGGCGUCCCCGUGCUCGUCGGAGUCACCUCCUGGGGCUUUGGCUGCGCCGAGCCGCUCACGCCCGGCGUCUACACCCGAGUCUCGCGGUACCGGGAGUGGGUCGACUCGUACAGGUGCAGCCAGAGCGAGGCGCACUGGGCAAAGAGCUGGCGGCUGAAGCCGACCGCCGGCUGCGCACCGGCGCCCCCGCCGCCGCCCUCGCCGCCGCCCUCGCCUCUGCCGCCGCCGGCCUUGAUGGAGGCGGUGCUGCAGGGAGGAGAGCACAUCCUCUCGUCGCUCCCGCUGGGGGGUGGUCGCUAAGGUGGGACCUGUGCGGUGGUGCGAGGGUGUGUGGUCCUGCGGAGUUUCGUUGAGUGGCUCACACACGGAUUACAGUUAAGGGCUUGCCCGCCAAAAGAAAGCCAAUUCUUGACUUGC